AUGUCGCUACUGAUCAAAUUCGAAUCCAAGUCAGCCAGAGUCAAAGGUAUAUCGUUUCAUCCAACACGACCAUGGGUUUUGGCAUCUUUGCACAGUGGCGUAAUCCAGUUGUGGGACUAUAGAAUGUGUGUAUUGCUCGACAAAUUUGACGAGCACGAUGGUCCCGUCAGAGGUAUUUGUUUCCAUCAAGACCAGCCAAUAUUCGUUUCCGGAGGAGAUGACUAUAAAAUAAAGGUGUGGAAUUACAAGCAACGCCGUUGCAUUUUCACCCUUCUUGGUCAUCUUGACUAUAUUCGCUCGACAUUCUUCCAUCACAAAUAUCCAUGGAUUAUUUCGUCAUCAGAUGAUCAAACUGUUCGUAUUUGGAAUUGGCAAUCGAGAAAUUCGAUAGCUAUUCUGACUGGACAUAAUCACUACGUGAUGUGUGCACAGUUUCACCCUUCUGAAGAUCUCGUAGCAUCGGCUUCACUUGACCAGACUGUACGUAUUUGGGACAUCUCCGGAUUGCGUGACGAAAGAGACAGUCUUACCUGUGGUGGUGGCGGCAGUGCGCCCAGAUCAGGAACGGGACCGCAGUCACAGGCUGACUUGUUUGGACAGCCAGAUGUUGUCGUGAAGCACGUCUUGGAAGGCCAUGAUAGAGGUAUCAUUGUAGUACUGCUAGAGGGUGUGAACUGGGUAGCUUUCCAUCAUUCUAUGCCCAUUCUCGUCUCAGGAUCAGAUGAUCGUCUAGUCAAACUGUGGAGGUACAAUGAAUCUAAAGCCUGGGAGGUGGACAGCUGCCGCGGUCACUACAAUAAUGUGUCGUCUGUUCUAUUCCAUCCGAAAGCUGAGUUGAUUCUUUCAAACUCUGAGGAUAAAUCGAUUCGAGUUUGGGAUUUGCAGAAAAGGACAAGUCUUCAUGUUUUCAGACACGAGAACGAGCGAUUCUGGGUGCUGUCUGCUCAUCCAAAUCUCAACAUGUUCGCUGCUGGUCAUGAUAAUGGCAUGAUUGUCUUCAAGAUUCAACGUGAAAGACCGGCUUACUGCAUUGCUGAGAAUCUCGCAUUCUAUGUCAAAGACAAGCAACUUCGUCGUCUUGAUCUCACUACCAACAAAGACCAAGGAACUUGCAAACUCUCGUGCGGUCGGCUGCCAUUCCAUGCAAAACCUUAUUAUGCCUUGUCAUACAAUCCAGCCGAGAACGCCUUUCUGCUCACUAGCCGCUCUCACAACAAAGAGCAAUGCUUCUACGACAUCUACAGAGUUGGUUUUCCCUGUCGCUUAUUAUCUUAUAUUUAUACUUACGCAGUUCCUUUUGUGGACUGA